AUGUCUUCAAAACCGGUCAAGAAAGUUCAUUAUACAUCUUCUACCAAAGGAUCUUCCGUUCACGGUGGUCCAUCACCUACACCACCUACAUCAUCCAAACCUGCGUCUUCUACCCGUCGACCAUCUUUCUCUCACCAACGUCAUCCCUCUGAUUCAGGCGUCGGUUCAUCCUCCUCCAAUUCAGCUACUGCACAAGUAAACUCCACAUCCUUCUACACCGAUGCCGAACGCGCGGAGCAAAGACAAAAUGUUCGAGCCUUGAACGAAGCACUCAAUACACUCAAAGACCGAGUCAAAACCCUCGAAUUAAAGAACCGCGACCUCGAAGAGACUCUUACAGAAAGUAACCGCGAGAAACGGGAACUCCGUCGUGAACGCGAACAAUUGCUCUGCACGAUUGAGGAAUUAAAAAAGGACAAGAGUAGAGCCAAAGAUGCACGAGAAGGGAAAGAUAGUGAUAGUAUCCGAAUUCGAGGAACUGAUAUUAAAAUCACACCGGAGAAGAAAGAGAGAAGUGAUAGGAAUCCUGCAACGAUGGAAAGAAAUACACCACCUAUGACACGAAGGGAGAAAGAACGGGAUGCCGAUGCGAGAAAGAGAGAAGAAGAAAGACUUAGAGGGCAACAUCAGACGAGGGAACGAAGAACUAGUUAUAGAGAUGCACCACCUUCUCCAAACUAUCGCGACGAUGAACGGGAUGUAAAUCCCAUGAGUCCUAAUUCUCGAUACCGAGAUGAGGAACAUGCCCGCGAGAAACGUAACUCGGGAACUCCUUCAACUUCUAAACUACCAAAUCCCUUUACACCACUUAGUCCUAUUGGGGGCAGUGGGAAUGCGGGACGGACUAGGAGGGCAAGUGUUAGUUAUGGAACUUCGCCGGGUGGAUAUACUAGUGCGCCGCAAGCUUUUCCGGGGAUGAUGAUGGGAAGUGGUUAUGGGAGGAGGGAUCAUGAUGAGGUGCCUUAUGUUAGGGGAGAAGUACCAGUUAGUGUUAAUGUUGGGGCGGCGGGGACGAGAGGGUCGAGAUUGAGUGGGGGGAGUGGGGGGAGUGUGAAUGAUGAUCUGUUUCCUAAUGAUGGGAAGUAUCAUCCUUAUCCUUUGGAUAUGUGA